AUGCCCAUCAUGGCACUGUGCAAAUUUGCUCCUCUGGUACUAGUGGGAGUGAUAGUUUUUGCUGCAAGUAGGACCAGUGGAGACCCUCUUUUUGAGUGCCUCCAGGACACGGACUACAGCGAGCUCCUUGACAUCAUGACGAAAGGGCUUCCUGCUACAAAGAUGCCCCAUCAUGUAGCAGUCAUUGGUGGGGGCAUGGCUGGUCUCACUGCGGCAAAGGUUUUAGAAGAUUCUGGACACAAGGUGACUGUAAUAGAGGCCAGUAACCGUAUCGGAGGACGAGUGGAGACCUUCAGGAACAAAAAAGAAGGAUGGUACGCAGAAGUGGGUGCCAUGAGGAUCCCAAGCUUCCAUAAGAGAACGCCCUCUGACAGGUUCAGGGAAUUCUCCCAGUGGCUCAGAUCUGCUCCCACAGAUGGAGGAACGGCUGAGAGUGUAGAGUACUUUGAAGUGACAGAUGGCUUUGACCACCUUCCCAGGGCUUUCUAUCAAGCGUUGAAUGCCACCAUUCUACUCAACUCCAAGGUCAAGCUAAUAAACCAAACAGGGGGUGAUAAUGUGACGCUUACCUAUGAGGACUGGCAUAACUUGGGCUCCCUGAUGAACCUAACUGUGGACUACGUCCUCGUUACUGCCACAGCCAAGGCCACCCUGUUUAUUGACUUUCAGCCUCCUCUGUUUGAGGACAAGAUGGAGGCGCUGCGCUCUGUUCAUUAUGCCAGCUCCACAAAGGUGGUGCUCAGCUUCAAGGAGCGUUUCUGGGAGCAAGAAGGUAUCAGAGGUGGGAAGAGUGUCACUGAUAGACCCUCUCGCUUCAUCUUCUAUCCCAGCCACAGUUUCCCAGACACAGCGGCAGGUGCCCUCCUGGCAUCCUACACCUGCUCUGAUGACGCCACACUUUUCCAGGGGAUGAGUAAGGAGGACCUGAUGGCUGUGGUUCUGAAGGACUUAGUGAAAAUCCACGGGGAGCACAUUAGGCCUUUGUGCACAGGGGGGCUGGUGAAGAAGUGGGGCUUGGACCCUUACAGUCUUGGAGCCUUUGCCUUGUUCACUCCCUUCCAGCAGGGUCAGUACGCCAAAGAACUGUUCCAGAGCCAGGGGAGGGUUCAUUUUGCGGGAGAGCACACAGCAACCCCACAUGGGUGGAUUGAAACUGCGAUGAAGUCUGCUCUCAGGGCAGCCAGAAACAUCAACAGGUUCACUCUUUAG